AUGGGGCAGGACCAGACGAAGCAGCAGAUCGCGAAGGGGCUCCAGCUGUACCAGUCUAACCAGACAGAGAAGGCGCUGCAGGUGUGGACGAAGGUGCUGGAGAAGAGCUCGGACCUCGUGGGGCGUUUCCGUGUGCUGGGCUGCCUGGUCACGGCCCACUCGGAGAUGGGCCGCUAUAAGGAGAUGCUGAAGUUUGCUGUGGUACAGAUCGACACGGCUCGGGAGCUGGAGGAUGCCGACUUCCUCCUGGAGAGCUACCUGAACCUGGCGCGCAGCAACGAGAAGCUGUGCGAGUUUCACAAGACCAUCUCCUACUGCAAGACCUGCCUCGGCCUGCCCGGCACCCGGGCAGCCACCCAGCUCGGAGGCCAGGUCAGCCUGAGCAUGGGCAACGCCUUCCUGGGCCUCAGCCUCUUCCAGAAGGCCCUGGAGAGCUUCGAGAAGGCCCUGCGCUAUGCCCACAACAACGAUGACACCAUGCUCGAGUGCCGUGUCUGUUGCAGCCUGGGCAGCUUCUACGCCCAGGUCAAGGACUACGAGAAAGCCCUGUUCUUCCCCUGCAAGGCUGCAGAGCUCGUCAACGACUAUGGCAAAGCCUGGAGCCUCAAGUACCGGGCCAUGAGCCAGUACCACAUGGCUGUGGCGUAUCGUCUGCUGGGCCACCUGGGCAGUGCCAUGGAGUGCUGUGAGGAGUCUAUGAAGAUUGCACUGCAGCAUGGGGACCGGCCACUGCAGGCACUCUGCCUGCUCUGCUUUGCUGACAUCCACCGGAGCCGAGGGGACCUGGAGACAGCCUUCCCUAGGUACGACUCUGCCAUGAGCAUCAUGACCGAGAUUGGAAACCGCCUGGGGCAGGUACAGGUGCUGCUGGGUGUGGCCAAGUGCUGGGUGGCCAGGAAGGCGCUGGACAAGGCUCUGGAUGCCAUCGAGAGAGCCCAAGACCUGGCCGAAGAGGUGGGGAACAAGCUGAGCCAGCUCAAGCUGCACUGCCUGAGCGAGAGCAUCUACCGCAGCAGAGGUCUGCAGCGGGAGCUGCGCGCCCACGUCGUGCGCUUCCACGAGUGCGUGGAGGAGACGGAGCUCUACUGCGGGCUGUGCGGCGAGUCCAUAGGCGAGAAGAACAGCCGGCUUCAGGCUCUGCCCUGCUCCCACAUCUUCCACCUCAGGUGCCUGCAGAACAACGGGACGCGGAGCUGCCCCAACUGCUACCGCUCAUCCGUGAAGCCUGGCUUUGUGUGA